AUGCAGUUGUUGAUGAUUUUUCUUCAUUUAAUGUGCUUGACAGUUAGUGUUGCUCUCUCAAAAUCUUCAGAUGUGGCCGAACACGAUGACGGAAGCACAGAAACUAUUCCCGACUACGAAAUGGAAGAAACUGCUGACGACAAUUCUACUAUUUGCUUCAAACGAAGUGAACUGAACUUCUUAAAUUGUACCAAAUUGGUAUAUGAUACCAGCGAUUACGAAAAAUUUCCCAAUGGAUCAGUGCUGCUCCAAGACGAAAUCCUGCUCCCUGGAAGUUUCGAAUUUAAAGGUGAUGAUCUAAUUGCUUGCGAUUCGUGCACUUCUGUCAACGAUUCCGAUUACGAUAGACUUCAAGAAGCAGACACAACUGAUACAUACAUCGGUAAAAUAGGAAGUGGGAUUUCUAUCGUUGCUUUGUUGCUGCACUUAAUAACCUUCUGUAUUCUUCCUGCUUUGAGAAAUCUUCCUGGAUUCAACCUGGCAUCCCUCAGCGUGGCAUUUCUAUGUGGAUACUUCUUCAUAAUCUAUGGCCAGAUUCCGGAAGUCUUGGGCACAGCUUGUGUGGUAAGCGGCGUGCUCCAGCAAUACUUCUUCCUGGUGGCAUUCUUCUGCAUGAACGUGAUGGCAUUCGAUGUUUGGAGAACACUAAAGUUAACAUCAGAGAAGUUCGUCUUGUGCUCUCGAAACAAUCGAAACAAACAGUUCAUAUGGUAUUUCGCAUAUUCCUGGGGAACACCAUUAUGCAUUUCAAUUGUAACAGUUUCGAUGGACAAUGUCGACGGCGUCCCUGACGCCUUCAAACCACAUUUCGGCAGGGCUGAUAUCUGUUGGAUAACUGGCAGUGUGGCCAAGACAAUUUUUUUUGCCGUUCCAGCAUUUACUCUUUUUAUCAUCAACUGUGCUUUUUUCCUUAUGAGUGCUUUCUUAAUCAAAAGCAGUUCAUUGAAAUGCACUAAUGAUCAGCAAAAACAAACAGCAAAACUGAAUUAUAUUUUGUACGUGAAAUUAGCAAUGAUGAUGGGCAUCACAUGGCUAAUAGGUGUGAUCGGUAUCAUAGCCGAAGAUUACACUGUGUGGAUCAUUCAUGACGUGCUUAAUUCAUUGCAGGGGCUCUUUGUGUUCCUGCUGUUCACAUGCUCCAGAAGAGUUUUCAAGCUUUUCAAGGAGAAAGCCAUCUCUUUUAAUUCCAAAACAUCAUCUGCAGACAAAGGCUCUACAAUCUCAAGCAAAGCAGAUUCACUUCAUAAUACAAUAGUUUAAGUGGUUUCUUGCUGCGAAUUUUAUGAUUGUGCAAGGCUUGCUGUAGGAAUCCGUAUUAAUGAAUUAUUUACAACUAAUUGUUUUGUUUAAAGUAUUUACCUCAAAUAUUAAUUAGUUUGCUUAAAUAACUUUCAUGUUAAAUCUUCUGAAAUUUAAGCUGACGCAUCAGCCAUUUUGAAUCUGUUUCAUGGAGAAAGCCAACUCUUUUAAUUCCAAAACAUCGUCUGCAGACAAAGGCUCUGCAAUCUCAAGCAGAUUCACUUCAAGAUGCAAUAGUUUGAGAGGUUUCUUGUGGUUAAUUAUAUGAUUGUGCUAGACUUGCUGUAGGAAUCUUUAUUAAUGAUAGAUUUACAACUAAUUGUUCUGUUUAAAGUAUUUACCUCAAAUGCUAAUUAGUCUGCUUAAAAGUCUUCUGAAAUUAAAGUAUACGCAUCAGCCGUUUUGAAUCUGUUUCAUGGAGAAAGCCAACUCUUUUAAUUCGAAAACAUCGUCUGCAAACAAAUGCUCUUCAACCUCUAAAGCAAAACAGAUUCACUUCACGAUGCAACAGUUUGAGAGGUUUCUUGUGGUUAAUUUUAUGAUUGUGUUAGACUUGCUGUAGGAAUCUUUAUUAAUGAUAGAUUUACAACUAAUUGUUCUGUUUAAAGUAUUUACCUCAAAUGCUAAUUAGUCUGCUUAAAAGUCUUCUGAAAUUAAAGUAAACGCAUCAGCCGUUUUGAAUCUGUUUCAUGGAGAAAGCCAAUUCCUUUAAUUCGAAAACAUCGUCUGCAGACAAAUGCUCUGCAACCUCUAAAGCAAAGCAGAUUCACUUCACGAUGCAAUAGUUUGAGAGGUUUCUUGUGGUUAAUUUUAUGAUUGUGCUAGACUUGCUGUAGGAAUCUCUAUUAAUGAUUGAUUUACAAAUAAUUGUUCUGUUUAAAGUAUUUACCUCAAAUGCUAAUUAGUCUGCUUAAAUAAAUGUUAUGUUAAAUUUUCUGAAAUUGAAAUUGCCGCAUCAGCCAUUUUGUAUUUCUUUUUUCAUGUUGUACAAGUUAGUUUUUUUAGGUUACUGUAAACUGU